CAGACGUGUGAUGACAGGAAGGGUGUGUGUGUCUGACGCCUUUCAUCUGGAAUAUUGGGAUUUAGGGAGAGGAAACUGCAAACACUCAUUCUGUGGAGCAGGCUGCUUUGAUGUGAACAUCACUCCAACUGGGAGACUGGGAGGACUGGGACACACUGGGAGGACUGGGAGACACUUGAAGAGAACCAGGAGACACUGGGAGAACUGGGACACACUGGGAGGACUUGUCAGUAUCAAAGUGGAGGUUCUCACCAUGAAACGCCUGAUCAGAGCAGUGAAUGUUCGUCAGAGAAAAACCUGCAGAAUUUGAUGUUUGGUUUCCAACCUGACAGUCUCUCUCUCUCUCUCUUUUUCUCUCUCUCUCUCUUUCUCUCUCACACACACACACACACACACACAAACCUGUGAGGGCGGAGCUUCAGAGGGUAAAGUCGGAUCUUUCCAUCCUGAACUCAGAGACCCAGAGGAAUUGAAGGAGGAUCUGCUGCAGCUCCAUCUGAAGGUGACCAUCAUGAAGCUUCUCUGAUCCAGCCAGGUGUCCUCGUCCCUGAUUGGUCGAUUGCACGAUGAGCUCUGCCUUCUCUCAGUCGCUCUUCGACCGUUUCGCUGCGUCGCCCCCUGCUGGCCGGGAGGACCGGAGCAGGACUCAGCACUCAGAGUCUCUGUCGGCCUCUGUCCCCUUCCUGUUCUACCCUCCCACGGUGGACCCCGCUGCCCUCAGCCUUUACAAGGGCCCCCUGAGGGGUCCUGCCGGCAUCCUGCCCUACCUGUCCCCCUUCCACCACCAUGGGCACUUCAGCGUCUAUGAGUGUCCGUUCGAGCCGGCGUUCAUCCAGAAGCGUAACGAGCGCGAGCGGCAGCGCGUCAAAUGCGUGAACCAGGGCUACGCCAAGCUGCGGGACCACCUGCCGGGCCACAGCGCCGACAAGAGGCUCAGCAAGGUGGAGACGCUGCGAGCCGCCAUCAGGUACAUCAAGUACCUGCAGAGGCUGGUGGACAUGGAGGAAGACGGGCGUGAAGGGGCGGAACCAGGCAGUGGGACGCCUUCUGGCCCGGACAGGGGCGGAGAGAUGCAGGCGUGUUGAACGGCCGGUUCACCUGGACAACCAAUCAGAGCACAGAACCCAAAGGGAGGACGUCAGCGACGCUAGACUGUAAACCUCCAGAGGACAGAUCCUAAAUGGACAGCGCCACCUGCAGUUUGUUCCUGAAAGUCUGAUGGGGAAUCAGGGAGAGUUAAACCAGCUCUUUCUGGACAUUUUCAGCCACCGUAGAGCAGCAGAUGGUUCAAUAUUUCAGCAAAACCUUUCACAUGCGGAUCCAACAACCUGGCACAGAUGUUGCUAAGGGUCAGCUUUUUGAAAAAAAAA